ACUCAAUAGCCUCUUCUUUAAUUUGGUCAUUCUUUCUAAUUUAAUUUGGAUUCGAAUCUGCUCCUUUUUAAUGUGAGCCAUUCUGAAUAUCCAACGGCGGCUGACAAUUUGUUUUGGACAAAACGAAAUACGGAAGGGCGGAUGAGAACAUAACUCUGCUACUCUUCCUUUUAUCUCAUUCAUCCAUUCAAGUUCCAAGCUUCUUGCACUUUUUGGAGUGAUAUUAUUGAUGUAUUAUUGUUACAUGCUCAAUUAAUUUGGAUUCUGGAUUCAGCUUUUUGGUGUUCAAUGUCAAGAUUUGGAUUCUUACAAUUGUAGGAUUACUGACGGUAUAUCUUUCCGUAAAGAUGAGAGGAGGAAUGUGGAAACUUGGGCAAUCAAUUACUCGCCACUGCUUGACAGACAAGAGGACUAGUACUAUUGCUUGUAGGCGCUUUGCAUCCGAAACCAAUCUUCUGAAGAAGACCGUUCUGUACGACUUCCAUGUGAAGAAUGGCGGCAAAAUGGUGCCAUUUGCGGGUUGGAGCAUGCCAAUUCAGUAUAAAGAUUCAAUUAUGGAGUCAACGGUAAACUGCAGGGAGAACGGCAGUCUGUUUGACGUUUCACACAUGUGCGGUCUAAGUCUAAAAGGGAAAGAUUGCAUCCCGUUCCUGGAGAAGCUUGUCAUUGCUGAUGUGGCUGGACUUGUGCCGGGGACUGGAACUUUGACUGUAUUCACAAAUGAGACUGGUGGGGCGAUUGAUGAUUCAGUGAUCACCAAGGUCACCGAUAGUCAUAUAUACCUUGUUGUGAAUGCCGGGUGUAGGGACAAGGAUCUUGCACACAUUGAAGAACACAUGAAAGCUUACACUUCUAAAGGGGGCGAUGUUUCUUGGCACAUCCAUGACGAACGGUCUCUUUUGGCUCUCCAGGGUCCACUUGCUGCCACGGUCAUCCAAAAUUUGACAAAGGAAGACUUAAGCAAAAUGUAUUUUGGUAACUUCAAGGUACUGGAUAUCAAUGGUGUUUCAUGCUUCCUCACAAGAACAGGGUAUACAGGUGAAGAUGGAUUUGAAAUUUCAGUGCCGUCUGAACAUGCAGUGGACCUGGCAAAAGCCAUUCUAGAAAGGUCUGAAGGGAAGGUGAGGUUAACAGGAUUGGGUGCUCGGGACAGCCUUAGGCUUGAAGCGGGGUUGUGCUUAUAUGGGAAUGACAUGGACCAACACAUAACACCUGUAGAGGCCGGACUUACAUGGGCCGUAGGGAAGAGAAGAAGGACUGAAGGUGGAGGCUUCCUCGGGGCCGAUGUGAUCCUGAAACAAAUAGCUGAAGGCCCGAAGAUCAGAAGAGUGGGCUUCGUAUCCUCUGGCCCACCAGCAAGAAGUCACAGUGAGAUCCAAGACGAGGAUGGGCAAGCAAACAUUGGGGAAAUCACUAGUGGGGGGUUCAGUCCUUGCCUGAAGAAGAACAUUGCGAUGGGGUACAUAAAAUCUGGAUUACACAAAGCCGGCACUAGUGUGAAGAUUUCGGUUCGUGGGAAGCCUUAUGACGGUGUGGUUACUAAAAUGCCCUUCGUUCCCACGAAGUACUAUAAGCCACCAUCAUCUUAAUUUUCAUUUCAUAAUUAUUUUGAACUUCUAUAACUUCAGAGCUGCAUGCUUCUGAAAAUAAACAACACACUUGCCUGCACAGAAGACCUGUGCCUUCUGUAUCUCCAUUUUGCCUUGCUUAUAUAUCUUCCUCCCAAUUGUGCCGAUUUAUGCUCAAUGCCUUUACCCAUAAGAAACUGUUGUAUACUUGAUAACAAUGAUAUUUCAAAGUUUUCUUGUUGAUCAAUCUCUCUUGGUAUGUACUAUGUAGGGAUGUAGGGCUAUAACUGAACCCAGCUGAGAUGAACAUUUUAAGGUUCGAGUUUGGUAAUAUUUCCAUCUUUGAUAUCAAGAUGGAAUUUCUC